AUUUUUAAGUCUUUUUAGGUUUUCUUCUAUUAUUUUAUCAUGAAUCCGUCUCAUAAUCGUAUAUUCUAACCAGAGCAUCCAAAAUUCUUCGAUUUACGUGUUGAAUAACUGUGAUUCGCAUUUCAAAAUAAUUAUUGCAUCGGGCGAAACAAUUCUUCUGUCGUCAUUGCAUCGGGGCUUUCAUUCAACCAUGUGAAAGAUCCGACGGAAGGUUAGGUCUGCAACAUUGUGCUACUGUUCUUUUUUUUUUUUCUUUUUUUCAAAUCAAAACUGUAAAAGACCGACAAAGAGUAUCUCAACCAAGAGAAAUCUCAGAGCCUUGAGUUAUAUUUAAUACGGACCUUGGUCCUCCAACGCAUACAUAUCUUCUUCUCCAAAAUCUCUAAGCACUGGCAAAUACUAAGCUCCCUUCUACUCCAACAAUGGUGCUCAAGCUGCAUGGACUUUCUGUGUCGACCUGCACAGCUCGCGUCGUCGCUUGUCUCCACGAAAAAAGCGUUGAUUUCGAGCUUGUCCCCGUCGAUCUUUUCGCCCGCGAAAACAAGCAGCCUGAGUUUCUUGCCAAGAAUCCCUUUGGCCUGGUUCCAGUAUUAGAAGACGAUGGCAUCACACUUUUCGAAUCUAGGGCAAUCACAGCAUAUGUAGCAGAAAAAUUCAAGGAAACGGGACACGAUCUCAUUCGUCGCGAAAACUUCAACGAAGCUGCAUUGGUGAAGGUAUGGACAGAAGUGGAAUCCCAACAAUACAACCCUGCAAUGGAACCGAUUAUUUUCGAGUUUUUCGCAAAGCCUGUGGUAGGAAUCGAACCAGAUCAAACGGUGAUCGAUGCAAGUUUAGAGAAGCUGAAGAAGGUGCUCGACGUGUACGAGGCCAGAUUGAGCAGCAACAAGUUCCUAGCUGGUGAUUUCUACAGCCUGGCUGACCUGCACCACUUUCCGGGCACCUUUUAUUUCAUGAAGACGCCUUGGUCUUCGUUGGUCAACGAUCGUCCUCGCGUCAAGGCGUGGUGGGAGGAGAUUUCAGCUAGGCCGGCCUCCAAGAAGGUGGCUGAGGGUAUGAAUUUUGGUGAAGUUUGAAGGUGAAUUGUUGUAACGGGUCUGCUGACUUGUUUGAGACGAUGUUUUGGUUCAUAUCUUCAUUGAUUGUAGCCGAAUAAUUUAAUUAGUACAAGAUGUUGCGUGACCACAAGUAUAAAA